AUGCAUCGGACUUAUUCUAUGCGCGCCACGCGCGCGCCAACUGCGUCACAGAUCCAGAACCCACCGCCUCCCCCCUCGAGCACCAAGUCGCAUAGGCUCUUUGGUCGAGGAGGCUUAGGACAUGCUCUACGACGCAACACGGCCGGCGCCUUCGGACCCGACCUCGCGAAGAAGCUCUCACAACUUGUCAAGAUGGAGAAAAAUGUCAUGCGGAGCUUAGAACUGGUGGCCAAGGAGCGCAUGGAGGUUGCUCAACAAUUGUCAAUCUGGGGCGAGGCCUGCGACGAGGACGUUUCGGACGUCACAGACAAAUUAGGCGUUCUACUAUAUGAGAUUGGCGAGCUCGAAGAUCAAUACGUUGACAGAUACGACCAGUACCGCAUCACCAUGAAGAGUAUUAGGAAUAUAGAGGCUUCGGUACAGCCCAGCAGAGACAGGAAGCAAAAAAUAACCGACCAAAUCGCGCAGCUGAAAUACAAGGAACCGAACUCACCCCGCAUCGUCGUCCUGGAGCAAGAGCUGGUGCGCGCAGAAGCCGAGUCGCUAGUAGCCGAGGCACAGCUGUCCAACAUCACGCGCGAGAAGAUCAAGGCGGCAUACAGCUACCAGUUUGACGCGCUGCGCGAGCACUGCGAGAAGGUAGCCAUCAUUGCGGGGUACGGCAAGCACCUGCUUGAGCUGAUCGACGACACGCCCGUCACGCCGGGUGAGACGCGCGCCGCCUACGACGGCUACGAGGCCAGCAAGGCCAUUAUCCAGGACUGCGAGGACGCCCUGACAAACUGGGUCACGCAGAACGCCGCCGUGAACGCCAAGCUGUCCACCCGUGCCCGCACCCUCUCCCAGCGCCGUCGGAACGGUAUCAAAGCCCGCUCCGAGGGCCAGCAUCUCCUCCAGGGCCAGGGUAGGGUCCAGGGCGGCGUACCGGCUGGUGCCGGGCAUGACUUGUCAACGCAGGACACUCCACUAAGUGAUAGGGAGCAUUGGAUGCCUGUGCGCCACAAGGAGGAGGGGUACGCUGACGAGGGGGAAGAGGAGGUCGAGGAGGAAGAGGAGAAUGACCUGGACGCUCCGAGUCAUACGGUCCUGGGCAGUGAGUCGGGCUUGAACGGCGAGGGUACCCGCGGGCGAAAUCAGGAGCCGGUUGACGCCUAG